AUGGCCCGCCCUCGCGCAAGAGUGCGACAACUACCACAAGCUGCAUCGCCCCGCAGGAGCCCUGGCAAGACACAAAAGAGUCCUCGAGCAUCACAGAACGAGAAACUUGCGCACAAGCCGGUUGGUAAGAGACUCGCAGACAGCGAUGACAGCGAUGAACUCGUCAUCAAAGGUCAAGGACGCAGGAGGGGACGAGACACCCAGACAUACGAUGUGUACGCUUCUGGAGCUCUUGGGACAGGCGACGAACCCAAUGCUCACCCGACUCGCGCGCAGCGCCGCAAGCAGCUCGAAGAAGCCAAAAAGAAUGGCGCUCUACCUUUGAAGUCUCCACUGGCUUCUGCCUCAGUAUCGCGGGACAAAACUCCGGCGCAUCAGCCAUCUUUACAACAUUCCCAGACACGCUCUCCCUCUCAAGGCCCCGCUGUUCAGCCACCGCAACAUGCUUCCGGCGCACAGCCCACGCCGCUGCACGAAGAGUCCAUCUUGAAUGGCAUCAAGCCCCGUAAGCGACAGAAUAGCAUUCUGCUCGAUCCCGGGUUGGACGAGUCAACGCUCGGAAGCUUUGCACUACCCGAAGAUGAGAAUUCGCCCUUGCAUUUACCAAAGCAGAAACAUGUUGAGCGUACACCUCCUUCAAAUCCACCAAGCUCCGGUUCGAAGAAGCGCAAACUUGGUCCUGACGAUGUACCCACCACACCCGCCGAGUCCUCGAGGAUAUCAGAACUCUUACCCCAACAGUCCCAUCCCGAGCCACAAUUACCUCCACAACCACUGUCUACGCUCCGGAUGUCAGGCCAAAAACACCGGCGGAAGACAAUCAACCAAGAUGACGACGAGAUCAUGGCUCCGCCGAUGAGCAGCAGCAGCUAUGCCUCUUCGCCCGCCAAAGCCCCGCCACUACCAAGCAAGCGCGGUAAAUCAAAAUCCAAAGCACCCCCUGCAACGCUCACCACUCAAGAGCUCCAAGCGCAACUCAUGCCGAGCAAACGUCAAAAAUCGACGCGCAACCGCCACGCUGCAGCCUCUGUCUUUGACAUUGCCUCAGAUACCAACCCAGACGACGCCAUUGCACCGUCCGAGGACGAAGACGACUCCACGUUCCUCGCACCAAGCAAACGCAAGUCUACCAAGACCGCUCCCCGCCGGCAGACCUCCGCUACUGCCACCAAGGCCACCACGCAGGCCUCUUCGCGGCGGAAAGCCGCAGACAAUGCGCGGAACAAGAAGAAACAAUGUACGGCGCCCGCACCUCUCCUAGCUUCCUCCCACCUCCGCUCGCGGUCCACCGCAACCACAGCUACAGACACAGACACAAACGCACAUGAUCAGCCGGCUAAAUUCCCCUCGCAGCAACAGCAGCUCUCCGUCAUCAGCGCCGCAUCCCCACCCCAGCGUCCUCGUACGCGCGCCGCCGGAGCCAAAGGCAAGGCGCGGUCUACAGGGAAAGAGGCGCGAAGUGGUGGCUCCCCCCUCAAGCAGUCGUUCAGCGGGCGAGACAGAGAGGUCGGCGACAAGGAGAAUCCGGGUGGUGGAGCAGGAAGUGGUGACGAUGAGCUGAUCGAAGUUGGCGUGGAGGCCGAGGCGAGAGCUCAGGAGGAAGAAGAGCUACGGUUGCCGAGUCCCAAGAAGGCCGCAUUCGGCGGCAAGUGGGCGGAGAUUGAUGAUUUCGAGAUGGACUUUGAGGAUGUCGUGGUUGGAAAUGUUAGCAGUGAUCCGUUGGCGAGGUAG